UAACGAAUGGACCGAUGACUAAAACCACAAUAACUCCUCAUCUUGGUGUCAAAACCAUAAUAAAAAUGAGUAUUUAGCAAAAAGAUUGCUAAAAAUAAAUGAUUUCUUAUCUUAAAAAUGUUUGUACAUCCCUAUCUACCUAUCCAGGUGAAUGAGCUAAUUAGCUUUUGAUAAAACAGGUGGGUUGUUUACAGUGCAUUGUUGUGUUUGUAAACACAAAUUUAUAGUAUUUUAGUGGAAAAAAACUAAAAAUGAGCCAAGUUUUGGCCGAAAAAAAACUCCUCGUGACAUACUCACUGUGCACAGUCUUGGGGGCUGUGGCCAGUAUCACGACAGGCAUCGCAUGGGGCCACUGGAAACUGACUUUAGACCAAUGCGUGAACGGCAAAAACUGCAGCUGUAUUUUAUACGGACAACACACACCAUCGAAAUUCCUCGGCGGUAGUGCAGCCCCCUGUAUUUGGGUGACAUUCGGCCCCCUUUUCUACGUAUUAUUCACCAUCGCAAUGACUUGUUUCCACGGCUAUCGAGUCAUCUUCAGUUCACGUUCGGUCAAAACACGCACUGUCAUGAGCAAAAAUGAAGUUGGUGAAACUGUGGAGACACGAGUGGUGCAAAUCGACGAUACAGCCCGUCUCCCUCGCGCCUUUUGGGCCACUUUGGCCGUUUUGACGUCCAUAUGGACGGUUUAUGCCCUCGUCCAUUUCGCCAUAUUCUUGGACGGGUUUUACCACACGUGCAAUCAGUACAGAAGGACGCUUGAGGUGUUAUUGGGGGUCCAUGGGACUGCCAUUCCCGUCAUUCAUGGACGGUUGUCCUGCCAGAGUAUCUUCGAUUUUAUGGACUACAUGCAACCCAGUAGUGGAUAUGGAUACAGGGACGGUUUUAUAUACACAGGGGCGGAUCUCAUAAUCGGGAUUUUGGCCUCAUGUUUCGCCUGGAUCCUCCUCGCCUUUGCCUCGUUUGUCAAUAUCAAAAGAGCCAAGCUUCAGGAGUAGAAAAGUAUAACAGUACAAAUUUCUUGCGUAACAAUCACAAAUUUAUUUGUAUGCAAAAAGUUACAAAAGUGCAAUUAAGUUAAAUACUAGUAUAUAAAUAAAUGGAAUGUUUUUAUACGAACUAUGUAUACAUACACUUUUUUUAUAAAUAAAUAAUCUUUUAAACAUCAA